UACAUUAACACCUUGAAGCUGAUGUAAUCCAUCUUUUAACUAGAGUGGCACUCAGUAGAGUGCAUACCUCAGCCAAGGCCAAACAAUCCGACACACGUCUGUCGAGCUCUUAUCUGCGUAUUUACCAGUUUCACCAGAAUUUGGAGAGAAGAAUGGAUUCUUCCCUUGCUCAUGCCCCAUCCCUCCACCAAGUUUCAUGCAAAUCAGUUCAGUACUUUUUGUGUUAUCCUGCUGACAAAUAAACUAAUAGACACACUUGAAAACAGAACCUCCUUGGUAAAUCAUGGAAUAAUCCAGAUCCAAUUUACAAAAUUAAUCAUGUAAACAUAUUCUUAUUAGGCAUAAAACAGGAAUUGUUCCUUUUUUAAUUUUUAAAAGAAUUUCCCAAACAAAAGCUGUCUCCAUUAAAGCCUUAAAGUGUUGUUGAGUAUGUUGACACCACCAGCUCUCACUGUGGCACUAAUAAUCCCUCAUACAGCCCUCGACAGAUGGUUGCUUUCAACGAUUGGACCACGCGUGUCUCCUCCUCCUCCUCAGCGGCAGGAUUUACCGCAGCCUGCUGCAGACUGUGAAACACAGACACUGAGCAGAUGUUGGGAAGCACCUGCUCAUCAACAGCAUGUGUUAAAUGUGAGAGUAUCUUAACCAUUUCUGAAUAUUACGCCUGUAUUACUGCGGUCUUCCAAACAUUUUACAUCGUGUUGACGGAUAAUUUCCUAAAUCCGCGAUGUCCAUCAAAAGCAAAAAGUGAGACAUUCCUUCAGGGGCGUCUGCGUUUUCACCACUGCCCUGUCAGUGCGCAGUGACAGCCCUCCACACCACAACAGAGACUAUCGGUUAAACUACAACCCGGUCCCUCUCUGCGCGCCCUGCCACCGCCACCGGAGCAGCGAUGCCUCCCGGUGUUGUGACUGCGCCACGGAGCUCGUCAGCCGGCUGCUUCUGCGUCUGCUGCGGGGCGAAGAUGAGACCUCAUUUCACCGAGAACUCCGUGAUCUCUCAGGGGGAAAUUUAUCAGCUCAUCAGUGAAAGUUUCCUGACAGUUAAAGGAGCUGCUCUUUUCUUACCUCGAGGAAAUGGCUCCUCCCCUUCUUCUGCCUCUCGCUUUUCUCAGCUGCGCAGCAAACAUGCAGGAGACAUCCAGCAGCACCUGCAAACCAUGUUCACUCUCCUCAGACCAGAGGAUAACAUCAAAUUGGCGGUUCGUUUGGAGAGUGCACACCCUCACGUCACCCGCUACAUGGUGGUGGUCUCAACCAACGGCCGUCAGGACACGGAGGAGAGCGUGGUGCUGGGAAUGGAUUUCAGUCCUGUGGAUAGUUCAUGUUCUGUAGGGCUGGUUUUGCCUUUAUGGAGCGACACGUUGAUUCAUCUGGAUGGAGAUGGGGGUUUCAGUGUGUCAACUGAUAACAGAGUGCAUGUUUUCAAGCCUGUUUCUGUGCAGGCCAUGUGGUCAGCCCUCCAGUCGCUCCAUAAAGCAUGCGAGGUGGCUCGUUGUCACAACUACUUCCCAGGCAGCUUGUUCCUCACCUGGGUUAGCUACUAUCAGAGCAGGGUCUCCUCCGACCAGGCACGCAUCAACGAGUGGAAUGCCAUGCAGGAUGUACAGUCACACCGUGCCGAUUCACCCGUCCUCUUCUCUGAUGCACCUACAGAAAGAGAGCUGACAGAGCGUCAGAUUAAAACCAGUCUGAGGGAGAUCAUGAUGCAGAAAGACCUUGAGAAUGUCACCUGCAAAGAGAUCCGCACAGAGCUGGAAAUGCACAUGACAUGCAAUCUGCGAGAGUUCAAAGAGUUCAUCGACAACGAGAUGAUUGUCAUUCUGGGCCAGAUGGACAGUCCUACAGAGAUCUUUGAUCACGUCUUUUUGGGAUCUGAGUGGAAUGCAUCCAAUUUGGAGGAGUUGCAGAAGAGCGGGGUUCAGUACAUCCUGAAUGUAACAAGGGAGAUUGAUAACUUCUUCCCUGGUGUGUUUGAGUACCACAACAUCCGUGUUUACGAUGAGGAGGCCACCGACCUGCUUGCCUAUUGGAAUGACACCUACAAGUUUAUAUCUAGAGCCAAGAAAGCCGGGUCCAAGUGUCUGGUGCACUGUAAAAUGGGUAUAAGUCGCUCUGCAGCCACGGUGAUUGCUUACGCCAUGAAGGAGUACGGCUGGGAUUUGAAAAAAGCCUUUGAUUAUGUCAAGGAGCGUCGAGCUGUGACCAAACCCAACCCGUCUUUUAUGAGACAGCUGGAGGAGUAUCAGGGCAUACUGCUGGCCAGCAAGCAGAGGCACAACAAACUGUGGCGUUCUCACUCUGACAGCGACCUGUCCGAGCACCAUGAGCCACUGUCUAAAUCCUACGCCCAGCCUCACAGCCUGGGUCGCUCUGACCCCCAUAACCAGGCCAGUGGCACGCCUGGUCCCUCUGUGAAAGAGCUGCUGGAAUCACUGGGAACUUCGGCCAGUGCUGGCAAAGUGUCUCACUCCACUAGCCAGACUGAUGCUGGCAUCCAGCCCAAUCAGCUCAGCUCUUCAUCCUUCAAGGGGGUGGCAGCUCUACCGGGUGAUGCUGACGCUCCAAGCCUCGAGGCUCCUUCUCAUUCUGCUGUCGCCCAGAGCAGCCAGCUGGAUCCCCCUUGUCCUGAAUCCACAGCUGGCUCUGUGUCUCCGUUAUCUCCUCCGCUUUCCAAUGGCUUAUGUGACGCUGAGGAGCAGCCCCCAUCACCACCUCUCUCCCAGCCGAGGGCCGCCACUGUGGUGCCUGAGCCUCAAAAGACAGACAUGGUGACUGUUGCACAGAGUGUUUUGGUGGGCCAGCCCCACCCACCUCCAUCCCUUCACCACCUCCCCCUCUCCUCUGCUCCGUCCCCGACUCCAGCCUGCAUGGAUGAGGUUGUCAAGCCACAGGUGUUGUCCUGCCCUCUGCCUGUGACAAAACCAAUGUUAGUGUCAGUGCCUGAGCCCAUGACAACAGCAAGCACACAAUUUGCCGGACCCCAGUGUCUGUCUGCACCAGUGCCUGUCAAAAAAACAUACUGUGACCAACAGAUGUGUGGCUUGUCUUUGAACGGUUUAGCAGCCCAUCCUCCCUCCACUAGUGAUUUUAUCAGCUAUCCCAGUGCCAUUCUGCAAGACAAUGAGAUGUUGUUCGGCCACAGUGCAGAUCACAUUAACUUUUUCAGUGCCAGGGAAAAGUUCAAGGGAAUGAGUCAAGAUGGUAAAACUCACUGUGCUGUGGCGCAGCAGUCGCCCCAGCUGAAGAGUUGUGCCAAGGAACAGCAACCACUGCUUCAAGUUGUCUCCACUAGUGAGGGGAAGGAGGAUGAGAAAAUAAAGGAAAUGACUGUUCCUGUGCAGGUCACAGGACUGAAACCUACAGUACAUGCAGACACUUCAUCUCUUGACACUCUUAGCCAACCGGAGCCUCAGGGCCCUCACAACCAGGAAGUGAGGAAGUUGAGGCAGGAAAUAGAGGAUAGAGAUGUUUCAUCACAAAAGGAAACUGAGAAUGUAAAAGAGGAGGUGAAAAACAAGGAAGAGGAGGAGGUGGCUCCCGCUCGUCUCUACAGCGAUUGGACGAGGGGGUCCGUGCGGCGUGUCACGCGCCAGCUGGAGCAAAGAAUGAAACAGGAGCACGAUACUCCAUUGCCCUCGUCAUCUCCACCGUCCCUCUCCGGCAGUACCUCCUGCUCUCAGCGGCGUUUGCCCAGCGUACAGGAUGCAUCAGUUUGCCCGGAGGUGUCAGUAGUUAGCACUGUGCAGGAGGAGCAGGAGGAGGAUGAUGGGAAGCUUGGACCAGUUAAAAGUGAGAGUGGUGAUGUAGUUGAGAUGGGGGCACUAGGAAAUAAUGACAGAAGCACAAAAGGACACAAACUCCAGCCUGCUGAUAAUAGAUUGCUCUCUACCUCUUCUCCUCUCCACCACUUUGGCCAGUCUCCCUUUGCCUCUGUGAACUUCCUGUGUCUGGAGGGCGUGACAGAGUUUGAGUCAGGCACAGACUGGGACUGCUCCACAGAGGGAUUCCAUAGUGACAUUGUCAUGAGGGAGACAUGGGAGACUUUGUGUGAGCUGGGUGCUUUCCUGCAGCAAGUUAGCGUGGGUGGAGCUUGCAAGACCAGGUGUGUGGACCAUGUUUUUGGCCUCAGUGCCAGAACCACUCAGAAGCGAGGCAGCAGCAUCCAGAAGAGAGUCAGGGAGGUAGAAGCCAGGAUUCGCCAGGCGGGGCUGACCCCUCCAUCCUUGAUGAAGCGGUCAGCCUCUUUGGCCAAACUGGGUUGUCUGGAGCUGCUCGCCAAUGACCUGAGUGAGUGGGAGCUCAGCCGUUCCUCUGUAUCUCAGCCCUCAGCACAACCUCCAGUCCACACAAUUAACGAUGAGUCCAAGAAGCAGCGGGUCCACGAUUCUCCUGCCACAGCUGGCCAGCAGCCAGAUGUCCCCGGGAUCGGUGCGGAGAGACUCUCUGAAGCUGAGGAAACCUCACCUGGAAUCUCUCCAGCACCGACUCAGAGCCCACAGGGAGGAAAAGUCGCUAACACUAGCCAAGAUUCUCUGCAUUCGCCUGGGCCAACACUUAUGGCAACAAGGCAGCAAUACGGAAGGACUCACCCCCUGAGGCGGCUUAAGAAAAGAACUGUUAGUACCCUUUACCACACCAUGUAACCCUCACUGUGUGUCUGUGUGUGUGUGAGAGAGAAACCGUUGAUAAUGUGCACCUGUGAGAAAUGGAGAUUCAAGUGCAUACGUUGGAUUUAUUCAGCAAGACAAACCAAUGCCUCUUGCCUUAAAGGGUAUGUUGAGUAGUUUCUGUGUGUUUUUUUCCCCCUGCAGAUCCACCAAGAGCCUCUGUGAAAUCUGUGAUACGAGAUGUUUGUCUCAGUGGAAGAUCAGUGACAAGGCUCUGAAGGUUCUGGUUAAUUGAAAUAAAAAACUCAAAGUUAGAUUGGAAGAAGUCUUUUAAAAAGCAGCAGAAUCAAUCAUACAAAUGUGUAAUGUUAAUUUGAGCCUACACAUACUUUUUUUUUUUUUUUUUUUUUUUUUUUACAUCAUUGCUGGUUUCUCCAUCAUCAACUUGAUAUUUACUUGAUUGCUGUUGGUUGACUGAACAGUUUGACCUGAUGUUAGGUGGAAUGCCUGUUUUCCUCUUCUUGUGCAUUCAUGUCUCUUCAUCAAUAUUUGCUAGUUGUGCUGGGUAGCUACCAAGAAAAUGACACAGCUGGUCUUCGGAUACAAUCUGACUAAUUAGAUUAAUCUGCCCAACAUCAAUUCAGCACUCAAACAGACAUCUCAAUCUUUCAAAAAGAAUAAUUUAAUCAACUUUGAUUCAUUUGGCAGAUUUACACACAAUAACACAAGUCAAAGUCAAUUCUGCCAUCUUGAGACUGAUUUUUAUGGAUGGGUUGUGCUAGCAGUAGUGCAUCUAAACACACAAAAAGCUCAGGUCGAACCACAGGGACCACAGAUCAGUGUUUUGUCCCCAAAGAGAUGUGUAUCCAGAGCUGGUGACGGGAACGUCAGCUGAAAGUGGUUGCAUAGCUGUACAACAAAUUGCAAAGAGAAGAGGCACGCUGUUUAUUUUAUGUUUGUUUUGAAUACACAAUACCUCAGUACGUCUGAACCAAAUCUGACCUGCACAAAUGUCAGGCUCUGGAUUUCCUGAAAUGUCUCAAUCAGAAACAGUUUCAAUUUCACUACUUGAUAAACUGAAGUAAACUUGUCUCUCUCAUGUCCUCUCACGGUUCUGAUGCCACUCAGACUAGAUGGUUUUUGUUUGUAUGUUUUACUGUGUGGGAGAAAGGUUAGGUUAGGGGACUGGGGUUUUUUGUUAUGUUUGGGUUGUAAAGGUCUAUGUUGUCAGUGUUGACAUUUUAGGAACUGUACAUGUUUUUAUAUCUGGUUUGUGUCGGUGUGUGAGUGUGACUGUGUAGCACAACUUUACCAUGUGGGUGUGUACAUUCUUCCUUUUUUUUUUUUAAUUGAUCGUUAUUUCUUUUGUACACUUUUUAGGAGUGUGCCUGUGACUGGCAAAUGAAGCUUCUCUGCAGCCUAUCAGAAAUGUCUGUACAGAGAGGUCUGUCAUACAUGCACUUUACUCCCUUUUUAAUUUUAAAUGUGGCUUAGUUUUAAGUGGGUUUUUUAUGUUUGGUUGCUACUUUUGGGGAGCAUGCUUAGGUAGUAGCAGCUGUUGGGUAUGUGUGUAUAUUGUCAAAAACUGACUUUUUUUUUUUAGUUUUCUUUAUUUUAAACUAUCAGUGUAAAUAUUCUUUUAUAUCAUGUGCUUCAACUGUGACCAUUAAACAAUGGAAAUGA